AUGACCUCCUCCUCCGCCGCCUCCUCCUCUCACCUCCAUAUUACCAUCACCAACCCCACCUCGGCCAUCACCACCGCUACCAACAGCAACAACAACAACAUCAAAUCGCACCACCACAACCAUCACCACUCCGGCGCUCGCUCGCAGUCGAGCAGCGUCUCCCCUCGCAGCGGCGGCGGCGGCGGCGGUGGCAGCGGCGGUGGGACGACCAACCAGGCGUGCGCGGCGUGCAAGUACCAGCGGCGCAAGUGCAACCCAGACUGCCCGCUCGCGCCCUACUUCCCCGCCGACCAGCAGAUCCGCUUCCUCCGCGCUCAUCGCCUGUUCGGCGUCAGCAACAUCCUCAAGACGCUGAAGCGCCUCAAGCCGGAGGAGCGCGACACCGCCAUGCAGACGCUCAUCUACCAGGCGGAGAUGCGAGCCGCGGAUCCCACUUCAGGCUGCUGCCGCAUCAUCGCCGAACUCGAGCACACCUUUAACCUCGAGUUUGCCGAACUGUCUGCCCUGCAACACCACCUCGAUCUCUGCCGCCAGGCCACCCCGUGCGUCGGGGCACUGCCGGCUGGUGGCGGCGGCGUCAUGGACGGCCCAUGCACCGACCUCGAGGUCACGUCCUCCAACCAGCAGCCGCUCCUCCUCGGCACCGAGCAAGAUCAGGACGUCGUCGACGCGCUCUACGUCGGACAAGAAACUCACGAGGUGAUACGUAACGGCGCCGAUCACGACGACCUGAACAACAGCCCUAAACCGCAAGAUCACCACGGUGGACAACAGCAGCCACAGCAGCUGUACGACUAUUUCUACUACGAGACGACCGGAGCCGGCGAAGACGCGGGAAGCAAGCCCAGCGGCGUCGACAUUAACGUCGACAUCAUGGAGCAUUUCGAUUACGACUCCGACUGCGACGCUGAUGAUGAUCAUCACAAGGUGGAUCAAAUGCCGCCGUUGAUGUCAUCGGGCAUGGGUCAGCAGCUCGAGGAGCACUACCAGAUUGGCCAGAAGGAGUACGAGAUGAAGGUGGCGUCGCUCGUUGAUGUGUUCGACAUGCGGCAGGAGCUGCAGGCCGUGGACGUGAACACGCAUAUCGACAUCAAGGAGGAGCUUCAGGAGGAGGAGAACAAGAAUAACAUCGGACUAGGUGAAGCAGCACACGUGGCUGAGUCGUCACAUUGCAGGCUAGGGUUAGGCUUUUAA